UGUCCAACAUAAACAUUAUUUUGAUAAGAAUAUGAAGGAUUAAUUAUUUUUUAAUUUUAUUAUUAUAUCUAUACACAGCAAAUAUUUGUAAAUCAUCCUCGAGAAAAUCGACCUUAAAAAAGCUGUAAUUUUUUCAAAGCUCGGAGAGUCGUUGUCAAGAACAGCGCGUAUGAAGAUGCUUGUGCUGACGCAGAGACAGAGACAAUAGCUCAAAUCAUAUGUUCCCUGUCACUAUCUCAAACCAAAUUUCACCUGAAUUAUCGUAAUGAUGUACAGAGGAUGUUUUCUCCAAAAUUCAUCUUCUAUGCUUAUUGAGUCUAGCCUCGAACAGCUGACAUGCAGUUUAUAUACAUGCUGUCCAAUCUUCUAUUGCCACAAGAUACAAUGGCCUGUAAAAUCCUUCCUGCAACUGCAAGCAUAAAUAUCUUCCUUUCAUUCUUCCUCCUCCUCAAUUCCGCCGCCGCAGCUGAUGACUCUGCGACCAUGCUAAAACUCGCUAAGGCCUUCCAUCCAACUCCCUCGGACUGGUCAACCAAGAAUUCCACCGGCUACUGCCGUUGGAGUGGCGUCCAAUGCAACAACAACCGUGUCAUCGCCAUCUACCUUGAUGAGAAAAAUCUCUCCGGCAACCUUCCUUCCGAAAUCUCCACUCUUACAAAACUGGAACACCUCUCUCUUCAGCGUAACAAUCUCUCAGGCUCCCUCCCUUCUCUUGCCAAUCUUACUUGGCUGAGAGUACUACUGAUUAGAGAUAACAAAUUCACAAGUAUCCCUCAUGAUUUCUUUGAAGGACUCAUCAGAUUGCAGACCUUUAUAAUGAGUUUCAAUGCUAAUCUUGCUCCUUGGUCUUUGUCGACUGCUCUAUCUCAAUGUGGACGGCUAGUAUACUUCGACGCAAGAUUCUGUAACAUCAUGGGCACUAUACCAGAUAUAUUUGCGUCUCUUCCAAGCUUGCAGAACCUUUUCUUGUCAGACAACAAUUUGACGGGGAAUCUACCUGAAUCUUUAGCAAAUUCAGGAAUCCAGUUCUUGCGACUUGAAAAUCAGGAAAUGGGAUUAUCAGGUACAAUCCAUCUGUUAUCUUCCAUGACAAGAAUCACGAAGGUGUGGCUUCAGAAGAAUCAAUUUACAGGACCUAUUCCAGAUCUCUCAAGAUGCCAGAGUUUGGUUGAAUUGCGUCUAUCCAAUAAUCUUUUUACAGGGAUAGUACCAGCUUCGUUGAUUUUCCACACAAAACUAAGAGUAGUUUUGUUAUCACAGAACAAAUUGCAGGGUCCGGUCCCGGAGUUUCGAAGUGAUCUGCGGGCUAAUUAUACUGGCAAUAAUUUUUGUGUGGAAGAUGCUCAGGUUGAUUGCGAUCAACAGGUGACCACAAUGCUGGAGAUUGCAAGUUCUCUGGGAUAUCCAUUGACAUUUUCUGAUUCCUGGAAAGGAAAUAAUGCUUGCAAGAAUUGGUCAUAUAUUACCUGCAAUGAUCUUGGCAGGAUUGUUGAAGUGAAUCUCGGAAAGCAGAAUUUCACAGGAACAAUAUCUUCUUCCUUGGGAAAUCUACCUGGAUUAAAGAACUUGUACCUGAAUGUUAACAAUUUGAUGGGUUCUAUUCCAGAAAGCUUGACAAAGUUGACUCAACUUCAGAUUCUUGAUGUCUCUGGCAACAAUUUAACUGGAAAAAUCCCAGAUUUUGCUGCUUCUGUGAAGUUGAUCACUAGACCAGGCAAUCCUCUGCUUGAAAGUAAUGAAAACAAGGUGCCACCAUCUUUGAUUGCCGGUAUUCUUAUUAGCAUCAUCAUUUUUAUUGCUCUUGUGUUGUUUUUUAUGUUUAAAUUUAGAGUUACUUUUAGAAGACUCAUAAGGUUUAGAAGGGCAAAAGUUCAUGCCAAGUGGACAGUUCACAAUGAGGCUGGCUAUCUCACAAGUAACAUAGGAAACGUUGUGAUUCCAAUUGAAGUUCUUCAACAGGUGACAGAUAAUUUCAAUGAGAAAAAUAUAUUGGGGAUUGGAGGUUUUGGCAUGGUUUAUAAAGGGGAAUUCCAUGAUGGGACCAAGAUUGCUGUGAAGAGAAUGGAAGCUACAGCAAUGGUGACAAAGGGAAUGAAUGGGUUUCAAGCAGAAGUUGCUGUGCUUACUAAAGUAAGGCACAGGCAUCUUGUUUCUCUUCUGGGUUACUGCAUAAAUGGCAACGAGGGAUUUUUGGUAUACGAGUACAUGCCACAGGGGACUUUAGCCGAACAUCUGUUCGACUGGCGUGCUCGAGGAUACCCUUCUCUUACUUGGAAGCAGAGGGCUAACGUUGCACUCAAUGUAGCACAAGGAGUUGAAUAUCUGCACAAUUUAGCUCAACAGAGUUUUAUUCAUAGAGAUCUGAAGCCUUCAAACAUACUUCUUGGGGAUGACAUGAGAGCUAAGGUAGGAGACUUUGGUUUGGUUAGAAAUGUGCCUGUUGGGAAAUAUUCCUUGGAGACAAGAGUGGCAGGAACAUUUGGCUACCUUGCACCUGAGUAUGCAGCAACCGGAAGAGUGACAACAAAGGUGGACGUAUAUGCAUUUGGAGUGAUUUUGAUGGAGAUGAUCACAGGGAGAAAAGCUUUAGACGACACAAUGGAAGACAAAGGAUGGAUGUUUAUGCAUUUAGCAACACGGUUCCGGGAGGACCUCACCUGCAGGAAGAAAAUCUUGAAAGCCAUUGAUGAAACUCUGAAUCCUGACAAAGAUACCUUGGCAAGCAUUUACAAGGUGGCUGAACUUGCCGUGCAAUGCACUUGUCCUGAACCAAGUCAAAGACCUGAUAUGGGUAUUGUAGUCAACAUCUUAGCACCUCUUGUACAAGAGUGGAAACAUGUGGCUGCUACAGGCCAAAAAGAUUAAAAUAAUGAAUUAAAUGAUUAAUUCUCAAAACCCUACAAAGUAUAGCAUUUACUU